AUGUUGGGUACAUGUCUUCCAAUCGCAAAAGCUCAUUGUGGUUCAAAUCUUACGGUGUUUCAACGCAUUGAUUACGACAAGGUCGAUCGUCUAAUCCGAAGUGAUUCGAGAAACAAAAUUUUGGUAAGAAGAGAUGGAAAGAGCAAAGAGACAAAAUCACGGAACCAGUUGAGGUGGAUCAGUCUUUUGACGCUGAAAUAUUUUAUGGAUUGCAUAAGCCAUUUUCCAGGGUCAACAAAAAGCAGAAGUAUUGUGAGAGAGAAGCCGAACUUGAAUGAAUCCGUCAGCCGUGAGGUCUUCCGUCUCACACCAGCGUGUCCAAACAUUUGCCGUGAUCAGCUCACCACCUACUGCCGCAGCUACACCUGA